AUGUCGCUAGACUCCCCCAAAAAACGCAGCCCAUAUAGUUUAAGCGACAGUGAGCGCUACUCUUCACUGGUGAAGUCCGUCAUGUCAUUUAGGGUCAGUGCCCAAACCCCCGAGACCCUCCAGGAGGAGGACGAGCAUCUUUAUGGACGUAUCAUCAAGGCUCAAACACCUAAAAGGCAAGAGAGAAGUGAACCAAAAAUCUUUCAUCCGUUCUCACUUAACGAAAAAAAUGAAGAAACAGAAGAUUCAGGACAUCUACUGCGUAUUGCCUUGAAAAGGGAUCAAGCGCGUUCUGUGGUACCUAGUGUCACACGUAUUCUUCAGCAGACACUGUCCCCGGAGCAGAUCUUCUAUCUAGAGAGAUGGAAGAAAAAGAUGAUCGCAGAUCUUGGGGAGGAUGGUUUCAAAGAAUAUACGCAGAAUCUGUUUAGGCAAGGACGGCUUUUCCAUUCAGCAUUGGAUGACCUUCUGACAUCAGGUGUAACACAGAAAGACCAACAAUCCUUAGACACAUCAGAGUUUUCGUCUCAUGUUCAGGGCUACAUGCAGAGCAUCACUCACAUAUUGGAAGACGUCACUGCAGCAAGAGCCAUCGAAAGCACUGUUCAACACGACACUUUAAACUAUCUGGGAAUUGUGGACUGUGUUGCCCGUUACAGAGGUGUGUUAUGUGUUAUUGACUGGAAAACUUCAGAGAAGCAAAAGCCAUUUCUCAGCAACACAUUUGACAACCCUGUUCAAGUUGCAGCCUAUGCUGGGGCUUUGAACAGUGAUGGAAACUACAAUUACCAGGUUGAAAAUGGACUCAUCGUAGUUGCUUAUAAGGAUGGUUCGCCUGGCCAUGCUCACCAGAUCAACACCGAGCUGAUGCAGCAGUACUGGAACAGUUGGUUGCUGCGACUGGAGAAGUUCAGAGAGCUGAGUUGAACCUACUGUUUGUACUUUACACAGCAGGAGGACUCUUAGCAUUUUUUUUAGAUCAUCAACUCAGUCACCUUACCCUUCACUAACAAACAUUUCAGGCAAACAGACAAACAGAACAUACCUGAGAUAGACAGGGUUUUUUUUAAGUGGCCCUAACUAACUACGGAGUGGAACUAAGAGUACGUUUUUGAACUCUAUUAAUGUUAGCACCUGCACUGACAGAUAAUGUAUAAAUGAGCCUCCAUUAAACUUUUCUGUGACAUUAUUAUAGAAAUAUUGAUGCAUUCAAAAAAUAUUUCUUUAUAAAUGUAAAUGUAUGUGGCAGUGUUUUGGGUUUUCUGUGUGAUGUUGAUUGAAACAUUUACUCAAACUAUCUUGAUGCAAAAAUAAAAAUACCUUAUGUUUUGUACUA